AUGGAUCUCGAAAAGUCCUCGGCAACGGUUCUCCAUGCUGAAGACACCAAUGGCAAGCAGCCCGUCUCCCUGCCCCAGCAACUCACCCCCAAGGAACAAUACCAACAGCUAUGGGCAAACCUCAAAAAGGACAAGCACUUUGUCCUCUGGGCCCUGUUCGUCAUGUCUCUCGUCUUCGGAUGGGGUUAUGACGCAGGUCUAUCAGGCGUGGCCGUUGCGUUUCCCGAGUUUCGAAAACAAUACGGCAACUACUACUCCGAUGGCGAGCAAUAUGUCAUCCCCGCUAUGUGGCAAUCUCUUUGGAACGCAGCCAGCACAAUCGGUCAAGUCUUUGGUGCUUUUUUGACUGGCCAAUUUACCGAUUACGCCGGCCGUAUCCCCAUACUCUGGCUCGCCGUUGUCUUGUCCCUCUCGUCAUCUUUUGCGCUCGUCUUUGCCCCAAGCCUGCCUAUACUUUUCGUCUCCAAGCUCCUAUUGGGCUUCUCUGUUGGAUUUUCAACAGCUACGCCGCCGCUGUAUGUCACGGAAAACGCACCGGCAGCCCUUCGAAGCUCAGCCAGUUCCCUGACCAACGUCAUCAUUGUCCUCGGCUUCUUCCUUUCGUCUAUUACUGGCUACGGGGCUUCCAAGAUUCAGGGACAAUGGAGCUAUAGGCUUGCAUUCAUCAUGACGUUUCUCGUACCGACUCUAUUUGCCUUUGGACUCCCAUUUCUGCCCGAGUCGCCAGUAUGGUAUGUCAAGAAGGGUCGUGACGAUGAUGCGCGGAAAGCAAUCGUCAGGCUUUUCGGCAAAGAUGCUGAUGUGGAAGAGCGUCUGCGGUUCAUCAAGUCUGAGCUAGAAGUACUUGCUGGUGAGGCUGACGUUGCCAGCCAUACUAGCUGGAAGGCCAUAUUUUCCAAGGAGCAUCGAUGGCGAACGCUGGUUGCCGUUCUGGGCUUGCAGUCUCAGAACUUCUCUGGAGGUUACUUUGCUAACACUUACCAGACAUACUACUUUGAGCUCAUCGGCCAAACCAACGCCUUUGGCCUCACAGCCAUCUCAUCCACCCUCCAAUUCCUAUCCAACUGCGUCGCCGUCUCAGUCUCCGACGUACUCCCCCGUCGUAAAUCCCUCAUCGGAGGCGGUACCCUCCUUGCCUGCUGGUCCAUCAUCAUUGCUGGAACUUCUCUCGCAGGCACCGCCAACCAGAAAGCCAACACCGCCUUACUCGUCUUCAUGAUCACCUGGUCCAUGCUGUACACUGCAACGGUUGGCUGUUUCGGCUGGGCAGUUGCGCAAGAGACUGCCGCCCAGGCCACACGACCCAAGACUAUUGCCUUCAGUCUUGUCUGCCAACAGCUUACGGCACUUAUGCUGUCGUCUGUAUUUCCUUUCUUCAUCAAUCCAGACCAGUUGAAUUGGGGCGGCAAAGUCAUGUUUCUGUUUGUGGCUGCCGAAGCCGUCAUUCUCGGUAUUUUGUUCCUUGUGCAGCCUGAGACAAAGAAUCGGACGUAUCAUGAUAUUGAUGCGUUGUAUGCGAAUAAGGUGCCUCCGAGGAAGUUUUCUGACUAUCUGAUCAGAGAUGGGGUUGCCGUCAAAAAGGAAAACUGA